UACCAGCGCGGAGCGGCAGGCUGAGGAGGGAUGAUCCGGCGCCAUCGUUCUCUGUCCGGAGCCAUGGGCCCGAAGCGGCGGCGGACGCCGCGGCCGGACGCGGGGGGACCGAAGCGGAGAAGGCUCCUCGAGGAGGCCGUGGUCAACGGCCACGUCCUGCAGUUCUACUUCCACCAGGCCGUGGCGGCCUACCGAGCAGGCCGCAACCGCGACUUCCGACAGCUCCGCGACGUCAUGCAGGCGCUGCUUGUGCGGCCCCUGGAGAAGGAUCACGUCAUGGCCCGGAGGCUGCGCCUCAUGCAGUUCCUGUCACGGGUGGAGGAAGGCGAGAACCUCGAUUGCACUUUCGAUAAAGAGUCGGACCUCACGCCUCUGGAAUCAGCAAUCGGUGUCCUGGAGCUUAUUCAAACAGAGUUCGCUGUGAGUGAGGAGGCAAUGGAAACUCUUGAGGAAAUGGUGAAGGAAGCUGCUGUUAUUGUCUGCAUCAGAAACAAAGAGUUUGAGAAAGCUGCAGAAAUUGUCAAGAGGCAUAUAGGGAAGGACCCCAAAAGCCAGAAAAAGAAGAAAGAGUUGCUGACUAUCAUCCAGAGCAAGGACUACAGUCAUCCAGCGGUCAGAAGCUUCUCUUACAAGGACUUCCAGUGGAACACAUUUCAGUUCCUGCAGGCUUACAUGGAUGAUUCGGAGCCCCUGCUGCAAGCGAUGUUUAAAAAGACUUCGAGCUCAGAACAUGUAAAAAAACCAAGACACCCAUCAGUGACUCCUGAGUCUGCAAAUGGGCCAAAGGAUGAUACUCUGGAGCCAUCGGGAGGGGCAGAGGGCCCAUCAGGAGCUCCAAAUCCUCCAGAAAUGAUGAAAGACCUGGAGGGAGCUCCCAGCCUUGCAGAAAGGGCACAGGACCCCACAGCAUCUUCAGAUCUUAGGGAAGGAACUAGUGACUUUGCAACAGCGUCUGAGCCUGUGGAAGAGGGUACUGACCCAGAAGCAACUCCUGAUCAUGUAUCAGCAGUGGAUGAUAACUUGGAAGAUGGAUCAGAGCCUCUGCAGAUACCUAAAGAACUAGCAGCAACUCCAGAACUUCCAGCUGCUGACCCAUCUGCAACUCCAGAACUUCCAGCUGCUGACCCAGCUGCAACUCCAGAACUUCCAGCUGCUGUCCCAGCUGCAACUCCACGAUCUCCAGGAGUGUCCUCCAGGGACUCGAAAAGGGGGCCCUCUGGAACUGUAACCACGUAUGGGAUUUGUGUUCUGAGAGAAGCUUUCAAGAUCCUGUCUGACUCCCGGGAUUCUGGUGCACUCUUCACUAAACUGGAUGAAACAGACUUUUCUUUCCCCAAGCAACUGUCUCCUUCUGUAUCCCACAGAACCAAGAAACAGAAAGAAGCGGACAAACAAGGUUCUGACAUCUCACACCCUCCUGAAAUUAUGCGUAAGACCAGGCAGUUGUACAACGUAAGCAUACUGGUCGAUAACGAAGAAGGCCAGUGCAGCGAGUUCAGUGAGAGUCCAGACUCUUCCCAGGAGCCAGUUGUAUCUUCUGCUUCCAGACCUGUGCAGAAACCGCGUGACCAGCCUGUAUCUACCAACAAUGACAAGUCCUUCAGAAGAAAGUGGAACAGCAGAGAGGGGUUGGAAGAAAAAGAGAGCUGGAGUGAGGAGGAGGAGCUUUUCCCAGGUGCUGCAUCAUUUGAGACAGCCAGCCAUAACAGUACAGUCUUUGGUUCCAAGAAACAGAAAUGGACAGUGGAAGAGAGCGAGUGGAUCAAACAAGGUGUGCAGCAGUUUGGAGAAGGGAGAUGGAAGGCCAUUUGCCAGAAAUACCCCUUCCAGAACCGCACAGCAGUGAUGAUCAAGGAUCGCUGGAGGACCAUGAAAAAACUGGGAAUCAUGUAAAGCUGGGAGCCACAGAACCUCCACUGCACAAACCUUUGUCUUUGGAAAUACAGACUGGAGCAUCACAGCAGGGGAGGCUGCUGUGCCUGUCUCUGAUGUGUGUGGGGGGAUUCCCUGUGGCUCAUGGCUCCUGAGACUGGUGUAGCAGACAAAUCAUGUGACAGGAACCAAAGAGCCUUGAGCUCUAGCUGCAGGUUUUAGGUUUUGUGCAGGCUUGAUAGUAUAUGCUUAGAAAUGGUCUGGAUUGGGACUUUCUUCUCCUGACAACUGCAGCCUUUGUAGAAUGAAUCCCAGCUGAAGUGAGUGAGUUUUGUCUGCUCUCAUGCUGUCAAAUAGAGAGCUAAUCCCCUCAGGUGCUAUUUUUCUGUGUUGUCUAAACUGCCUGUCACUUGUUUUAUCCAUAUGUGCUCAAUUCUCUGUGGGUGGGAGGCAACAUGUAGCCCCACAGCUUAUGAGGAGAUUGAGACAAAUAGGUAUCUUUUAUUCUUCACAUUUCUUUCUGCUUUUAGCAGCAGCAAGCCUGGGAGUGAGAAUUUUCCCCUCACAGCUUUGAGACUUAAAAAAAAACAUAAUUUUGUAUCUUAGUAUUUAACUGUUGGCCAUUCCCAUGUUAAAAGUUGGGCCAUAUCUUACUGACACUGCUUGCUUGUGUGCAAUCCCUGCAAGUGUAUGGAUGCCCAGGGCAUUGUGUAUCCAGCAGCUGAAGCCAGAGCUUAUGUACUGUCUUCCUUAAAUAAAGUUUAUGUUUUCUUGGCUGG